CAAUUCUCUAAAAGUCGACAAAAACAUGUUGAUAAGCUCGACACACUCUACGACAAUCGAAACAGUCAGAGUCGAACAGAGUAACAGUCAAAGUCAAGUUUAGCCCAUCAAAUGGAUCGUUUGUGUGUCUUAUUAACUUUGCUGGUCCUAGUUCUCGGUGCUUUAGCAGCUCCAUCUCCAGCCGAACUGAGCUGUACAAAACAUGGUACCGAUCCGGAAUGUAUUAUCAGCAACAUAACCUUCGAGUCAACAAACCCCGAAGAGUACAUUUUUCCAAAGGAGAUCGCAAUUCAACUAGCGAAUUGCACUAUGGAGUGUUUCUCACCAGAACUAGCCGCAAGAUUGUCGGAGGUCACCACCGAACUAUCAAUUCUUGACGGUGUCGCACCGAAAUUAUACGUAAAGCCUAGUCUUAAAAAGAUCACCUGUCUACGAGCCGCCACUAGUACUGUGCUAAUCGAUCCCGUCGAAAAUCAUAACCUAGAAUUACUGGACCUUGAAGGAGUUUUGACUGCUAUUCCGGAGAAUAUUCACUAUCUUAAAAAGCUGCAAGUCCUAGAUUUGUGUCAAAACCAAAUAGACCACGUGAAACUGGAUGCCUUCCAAGGAUUGAACCACCUUAGAAAGAUUAACCUAGGACACAAUCGCAUCCAAUCGGUAGAUUCCACAGGCAACACGAUCAACCUGCCGGCCCUAACCGAACUGUUUUUGCACGGUAAUCAACUCACAGCAUUGGACUUAACUCACCUCAAGGCGGACAAUCUCCAGCGGUUCUAUGUGUCGGAAAAUCAGCUCACACGAAUUGAUUCGAACUUUCCCCACCAAUUUCCCAACCUGGUGCGAACAGAUUUAUUCCGUAACAAGUGGAUCUGCGAGUGGCUAGAGGAAACGUUACGAACACUGAACGCUAGCAAAGUGGAAACUCAUAGCUAUCUUCCGAGCAAGAUUUGCGAUGAAAGGGGAUCGGUAAAAGUGGACGUAGUUGAUUGUGAAAGCGCAAUAGAUAUUUAGAAAUAAGGUUAUCAACAGGAAUAAGAAAAUAAAGUCUUUUGCUGUUUUGACAA